AUGUUAAUGCAGGAAUGUUGGAAGGCGCAAAUCUCGUGGGAUGAAUCUGUACCCACCGUUUUGCAUUCGUCAUGGCUGUCAUUUACAGAACAGCUAAAUAUGAUCGACGGACUAACUAUUCCGCGUCAAUUAAUAAUUAAUAAUCCCAAAAGCGUGCAGGUACACGGUUUUUGCGACGCUAGCAAGAUAGGAUACGGCGCCUGCUUAUACGUACGGUCCUGCGACGAACAGGGCAACACCCUCGUGCGGUUAUGGUGCUCUAAGACACGCGUGGCCCCCCUUAAAGAAACAACAAUUCCGCGACUUGAAUUGUGCGGGGCCUUAACACUCGCAAGAUUGUUUAAGGAAGUGUCGAAUUCAUGGAAUUCGUGCCCGAACAAAAUUACUUUUUGGUGCGAUUCUAUGAUUGUACUUCAUUGGCUAAAGAAGGCCCCCGCGACACUUAAGGUAUUUGAAGCGAAUCGAGUGGGGGAAAUUCAAAAGAUAACAGACGGUCUCGAGUGGCGGCAUAUAAAAUCCGAACAUAAUCCGGCGGACGCGUUGUCGCGAAGUCAGUUCCCGCGGGAGUUCUUAAAAAAUGAAUCGUGGUUCGACGGCCCCGCGUGGCUAAGCCGGCCCGAAGAGAAUUGGCCAGAGUCAAUUGAAAUCCCCAUUAAAGAUCUGCCCGGGUUAAAAAAGGCCGUUUGUCUACUAUCCUCAAAACUCGAAACAAGAUACAUAUACGACGGAUUUUCCUCCUAUACGCGAUUAACUCGCGCCAUUGCGUAUGGCUUACGAAUGUUACCGUCAAACCGAAAUAAAGGCGCGCUUACGAUACAAGAGGUAUGCGAGGCGGAGGUCCGAAUACUAAAACUGAUACAGAAUGAACAAUUCGCGAAUGAGAUUACUAGAAUUUCAAAUUCACAAGACGUAAAGGGCUCAAAAUUAGCAUCGUUAAGUCCAAUACUAGAUCAAUCAGGUUUACUUCGCGUGGGUGGCAGGCUGCGAAAUGCCGCCAUUCCCAUUUCGCAAAAACACCCGAUAUUAUUACCGUCACAUCAUCACGUAACUGAUCUAAUUAUUAAAAACGUUCACGAAAAAAAUUAUCACGCCGGCAUCCAAACGACACUUUAUGCAGUACGUUAUCGCUUUUGGUUAUUAGACGGAAAGAAUCAGAUACGAAAGAUAGUGAGACAAUGCGUACGCUGCAUUAGAUUCCGCGCGUCACCUGUUGAGUAUAAAAUGGCCGACUUACCAAAAUCAAGAUUGAACGAAUCGAUCGCAUUUAAUCAUACGGGACUCGAUUUCUUCGGACCAAUGUUCGUAAAGGAGAAAAAGCAACGGAACAGAGGCCGAGUCAAAGUAUACGGAUGCGUUUUCAUUUGUAUGUCAUCAAAAGCCGUUCAUAUCGAGAUCGUUAGCGACCUGUCCACGGAAGCAUUUCUAGCGGCAUUAAAACGGUUCAUGGGACGUAGAGCCAUCCCAGCACACAUAUAUUCGGACAAUGGCACAAAUUUCAUAGGUGCUAAUAAUCAAUUACGCGAAUGGUACGCCCUAUAUGAAUCAGCCGAAUUUAAGACUCAAAUAAACGAAUUUGCGACUACAAACAAAAUUUCUUGGCACUUUAACCCUCCCCUCUCUCCCCAUUUCGGGGGCAUUUGGGAGGCUGCAGUCAAGUCAUUUAAGCAUCACUUCAAACGAGUGAUAGGAGACCGCUUAUUCACAUAUGAAGAACUCAAUACGCUAGCCAUUGAAAUCGAAGCCAUACUGAACUCACGGCCUUUGUGCCCUAUAUCUACCGACCCUAAUGACCCCCUGGCUUUAACGCCUGCACACCUUUUAGUGGGGCGACCGCUCACGAUGCUACCUGAAAAUAAUUACUUAUAUGUUCCAGAGAAUCGCCUUACUUCCUGGCGACUGAUAUCCAAGGCCCGACAAGACUUUUGGCGCAAAUGGCACGUCGAAUAUCUGACGGAAUUACAACGACGACAAAAAUGGACCAAGUCCAAUACCGAACUGAAACGUGACUCGAUUGUCAUAAUUAUCGACAAAAAUUUACCGUGCAUGCGGUGGCAGCUUGGGCGGAUUGUGGAGCUACAUCCUGGAGACGACGGGCUGGUCAGAGUAGCCAGCGUCAAGACUUCUCAAGGAAUCUUCAAGCGAAACACGAAAUUAUUGUGCCCUUUAACAACCGAUUCGUAG